AACGGUUUCGGUGGUGAGGUCGAGGAGGCUGAGCGCCGGCAGGUUUUUGAGGCCAACUAUGCGUACAUCAAAGCCCAUAACGCCGAGGCCGACAACGGUGUCCACACUUUCCGAUUGGGUGUCAACCAGUUUGCAGACAUGACUAACGAGGAGUACAGAAAGCAACUGACCCUCAGACUGAACCCAAGCCUCUUGAACGUGACAUUUGCUGAGAUCCCCGUCGGAGCUCUGGCUGACACUGUCGACUGGAGAACUAAGAAAGUGGUCACACACGUCAAGAAUCAGGGACAGUGCGGUUCGUGUUUCGCAUUCUCGGCCACCGAUUCAAUUGAAAGUCAAUACGCUAUCGCAACCGGAAAGCUGGUAGAGUUGGCGCCCUCACAGAUCGUCGACUGCAUCCACUCCGGCGGUGAUGUCUGCCAAACAGGUGGCGAUACUGUUGAGGCCAUACAACUGGUCAUCAAAGAGGGUGGCAUUGAAAAGGAGUCUGACUACCCAUACCACGCCCGUAUGGGCACCUGCCAGUUCACUAAGAGCAAGAAAGCCGUGUCCGUCACCGGCACCCACACCCUGCAGACCGGUCAGGAGGCUGCCCUCCAGAACGCCGUUAGCACUGUGGGCCCGAUAUCCGUGGCCAUCGACGCCAGUCACCAGAGUUUCCAGUUGUACGACUCGGGUGUCUAUGUGGAGAAGGCAUGCAAAAAGAACCUAGAGGGUCUGGAUCACGCCGUACUAGCCGUGGGCUAUGGCACUGAGGACGGUGAGGACUACUGGCUCAUCAAGAACUCGUGGGGAACCAUCUUUGGUGAGGACGGAUACAUCAAAAUGGCCCGAAACAAGAACAACCAGUGCGGUGUGGCCACCUAUGGUGUCUACCCCACCGGUGUCAACUAAAUGUAUGAUAAUUAUGAUGUAAAAAUAAUUAAAAAAUAAAUAAAACUAUGUAUUCAUAUAAA